AUGGCACAUUCAGCCGAUUGCUCUGUUGUGUUUUACACUUUCAUUUGUCCUUGUUUUAGCUCUCAACCCAGUGUUCGAAGCAUCGCAUUUACUGAUGCAACUCCUCAAGGAUCUACCUGUUCAUUGCGCACCCAAGGAAACUCCCGUUUUGGAGACCUUCUACUUCCCUUCUCUAUCCUGUCUGAAUUCGUUGCGAAGUUAGAUGAUGGUCUUGAUGAGUUUCGUGUUCUGGUUCAUUCAUGGUGUCGUUUGGCCUCCUUGGGCCUGCUAGACCGAUCUGCUCGUCGUCGAAGCUUCAUCAGAAACGCGUGUAUCAAGAUGUGGGACAAAAAUCCGUCUAUUCGUACGUCCGUUGUCGAAUACAUUAAGGUUUCUGAACUCAGUCGACACUCUUUGGCAUUGAGUUCUGCUUUCGCUAUGAAGUUGAGCAAUGACGCCUCUCCAACAUCGACAUCUUUUCUGGUCGAUAACUUACUGAAGGCGAUGUUUAUGUCCAAGGUGAAUAUACCCGAAUCUGACCUGCCUAUGUGCACCGGCGUCAUCUCUACGUGCGUGAAUCCUGAGGUGUUCAAGUCCACUGUUAUGCCGGCCCUACACCGCGCAAUUCUACGAUCCGCCGAGGCAAAUAUGCAUAAAGUUGACGCAGUGCUUCACCAGGUCUCGUUCGGUCUUGACCACUGUGCAGUCGAAUUAGCGACACCAAUCGCUUCCCAUUUGCUGGCUUUACUCGACUCAGUCCGGAACGCCACAAUCAAAGUCCUGAGCACAAUUGUGAAACAUUGUUCCGAGGCGAAUUCAAUUAGCGAAGUUUGCAAGUUGGUUCAUGCUCUGAUUUCCGGAUCCGAAGGGAGAAAAGCGGGUCAAGAGGUUCGCUUCGCUGGGUUAACUUGUUUGGGCGAACUGUCAAACCAUGGCGCCAGUCAAAAAGCAGUCGUCGAUCGUGUGGGCACCGCAGCCGUCGGUUUUAUCGUUGAGUAUCUUGAGCACGAGUCUCACGAUGAUACAUUGAUCCAUGGCGCUCGACAACUCGUAAAAUGGAUUCAACGUUUCAAAUCAAGUGUCCCAGAUCGUCUUUUCUCGUUUUUGAAGACUAUUUGCUUCAACUCCGAGGUUUCUCCAACUGUACGAUGCGCAUUUCUGGUUUGCCUUGACGAUGCGUUUUCCAAGGUAAACAUCGAAGACCGACUCACCCCAACGCUACAAGCGAGUCUUUUGAAAACGAUUCAGCAUGCGGUUGGCCAACCCAAUCAUUCUCCUCUUGUAUCGGAGUCUGUGUGUGCUUCACUUAUAUGGAUGCGACAUUUCUUGGCUUCAACCAAGUCAUUGUCCGAAGAUACUGUCAAAUCGAGCCUUACUCCGACCCCUAUUUGGACUUUAUUGGUGGUCGGAAGUGCGCCUGCCUCCAGGCGCAAACCUUGGUUCAGUGAACGCUUCUUACAGACUGCCCCUGAUUACACUCUUAGCAAAUUGGGAGCUCUCCUUGCGCUGUUUCUCCGCGGUGUAAGUCAAUUCAUCUCUCCAGAAACCUGUAGUGGCAUCUACCGCACCCUUGUAUUGCUCGCAAAUCAUCCGUGUUACGCCACUGUCAGACAACCGACUCUUGCUUGCAUCAGGGGUCUUGUACAUGGGGAUUCUGGCAAUGCUCGUUGGGCUCACGCCAAAGGCUUGCUGCACAGCUUGUCAGACUGCCUGUUCGAAAGUGAUGACGAUAUGUCUCUUUCCCGAUCGCGUAUAGCUUCACUCGGAAUCGUUUUCAACAGCAAUCGAGAGCUAGCAGAACCGACUUCAUCGACCCAUGCAGACAACGUGAAUCUGCGAGUUUGGGAUGAAGUAGUGGUUCCGACACAUCCCAUCAAAGAUGGCAAAUACCCGAGAUCCUUCGGGACUUACAGUUCGCAGUUGAUUAUGUGCAUAGCGACUUCAUUGUCGAACUCCUUGCUUGUAACGCAUGACCCUCCUCAAUCGGUUUCCGAUCUCCCCAAGUCAUUAGCAGAUGACAGUCUGAAUGCAGUUCCCUCAGAUGCUCUACGGAAUCUUUUGGACAUCUACUUGGCUUGUUUAUUGCCCACUUGUCACCAGAUAGUCGAAUUGGCUGUGCCAGGACUGUGGGAUGAUGUUAGACGUUGCAUGGGAUUUCCCACCGUUUGCGACGGCUCCCAUUGUGCCUCUUUAGUUGGGGAUGAGUAUUUCGCUUCCAAAUGGGCUGAGACAGUCCAAUAUUUCCUGCAACUGCCGUGUUUGGAUUUUACCCAUUCGCGUGCUUUAGAGCGUCUCGUCACAUGGUCUCCUCUUGGUUUCGCACGGACGCUGUUGUCUGCGAUCCUGCCCCAGUUGUCUCGCCCGGAACUGAUCCUCGCCUCUCACCGCGAAGUGCAAAUUAUGCUAACGUCGAACACUCAGUUGUUCAAUCAAGAACUUUUGGAAAGCUUGCCAAGGUAUCAAAAAUCCCGUAAGAUUGAUCCACACUUUGACCAGCCCCUCGAUACUUUGCCCAGCAAGAACCGACGGGAUGAAACAACAAAACCACCCAAUGGAUUUGCUGAUCAAUCCAUACUCGAAGUGCUGGGUGGCCAGUUAACCGAAAAGCAGUUAGAAUCUGUCCGCGCCGAACUCAUCAAGGAAGAGGAAGUUCGUCAACGUAUGUUUCAGCUCGACAAAGAGGCUCGCCUUCUCAGCUGUCUCCUCUCUACCACCAUUCAAGCAUGCAUUUCAAAGCCCAUGCAAACAGAUCCCACCCUGGCUCACUCUGUGGGAACGCUUGCAGUCGAUAUUUGUUGCGAAUUAUCCACCUCACUGACUCGUCUCUUGGGUAGCGUUUUAACCGCACCGUACUUUUUGCGCUGCUACGUGCAUAGCGUGUCCCUAAUGAUGCAGUGUGCACUCAACCGAAGAAGUGGUCUUCUCCCGAAAUCUGGCAAAGUGGAUUCCGCAUGUGAACACCUCGUUGGCUGGUGGUCCCUGCGCAUUCUUGGACCUGCUCGCUUGCUAUCCUCGCCGGAUCUGGUCACGAUCGCGAAGGGAUUCGGCAACUGGGGCAAUGCUCGCCUAUUCAGGACUCAUCUGUACACUUUGGAGUCUGCUGUCGCUGACGCAGCUUCCCUCACGGCGUGUUGGUCCAUGGAUUCCCUUGCCGACCAGACCACUAGGCUUGUCAACUUCAUUCAGAACAAGUUUCCUCAUCGGGACGCCAACGCCAGUUUACUGUAUAGUUUUCUUUGCCCCACUUUCGAACUUCUCUUACUCGCCUCUGGAUGGGCUCGGCCGCUUCACGAGGAAUUGUCAAAUCUACCGUUUCCCACCCUCCAAGAAGGUUACACUGCUACUGAUGAGUCUGGUGCUAGCUACGCUGUGCGCCCCGAGAUCCGAAAGAUGUGGAACUGGGUCACACCUCAACACGCCAAGAACCUCAUGAUAUGUUGGCUAACCCAAUUGCGUCCACCUUCACUUGAUGGUGCCACGCUUCCUGUCGAUCGUUUAUUCUAUAAUGUUGUGCUUCGCAGUCUUCCGUUCUCUCGCUUAUUCGCGCUUGCUCGACAAGUUGUUGAAGGAGCCCUGUGCGACGAAAAUGCAUAUUCCGGAGAAACUGACCAUAAUUUGAUCGAAGAGCUUGAAGAGCCCCAGGUAACUCGCACUUUUAUUCGGAAGGAUGAGAUGUGUCCAAUUGAACACAGAGAAUUGGCUCGCUCGGCACUAGAUGUGUUGCGUUGCACCACGGAACUGCUUACCGACGCGCUGACUGCAGUGGAUUUGCCGGACAAAUUAUACUACCAAAUUGCCUUUCACAGCCUUGAUUCUCUUUUGAACGGUACAGUCGCCGAAACUGCUCUUGCUCGUGAAUCGUGUUUACAGUGCAUUCUAACUCUGCUGCAAAGAAUACCUUCUUUCGUGGAUAAGGCUUCUUCAUUUCAGUCAGACUCCACGCAAUCAGAUGCCGUUGUUAUCACAUCAGACAUCAAUACUCAAGCGGAAACUCAGGAACCCGAGCCUGUCCAAUCCACUGAGGACUCACACGCACCGGACCGAGAGAAUGUACAACCUCCACGGUCACAGGAUACAAGUACUAUGAAGAAGAAGUUGAACAAAACUCAGCGACGCAAACAGAAGCUAGCCCAAGUCGCCGCUGAUUUACGUCAGGCCCAAGGAGACAGUGAUCUACCGACAACACCAUAUAAAAGCCCUGCCUUUUGGCCACCACUGUCCAUUUGGGCGAAACUGCAGCUUCGUCUGUGGGUCGCACGAAGCGAUCUGUCUCCAGAAGCCGCAUGCCUGGCUGAGAAGUUGUGGGCCACCGUUGGCCUGGAUACUGCUUGCGAACAACCAGUUACUCUAGAAGAGUCCACGAAGCUCCCCAUAGCUCGUCUGCUGGAUUCGCCUACCAUUCCUUCUCUUCUGAGGCCCUUGUCUUUAGCCAAACGGCUGUUGCUCGAAUCCACUCGCCCUAUACCUUCGUUGCAAAAGGCAAACGCGGAUGCCCUCGCUCUCUGUCUUCUAUGGCGGACAUCUGAUGAAGUUGCGGUGUCCUUGCACCAGCUGAUUCAUUUGUAUCGGACUAUGCUUCAUGUGCAACAGGCAGUCGAGGACUGUUUGGCUUCUCUCGUCCUCAAAUUGACCGAGGAACAGAGGUCUAAGACUGUCACUCGUCUACUCUCCACGUUGUUGGGCUCUCCAUCUUUUGCAGAGCGGCACGGAGCUGCCCACGGAAUUGCCGGGGUCGUUCGUGGCUUAGGCAUUAUGUCAUUGAAACAGUAUGGCAUUAUUGACAAAAUUCUCCCUGCACUGGAAGACGGAAAGUCAGGCAAACGCCGUGAAGGCGCCUUGCUAUCGAUUGAACGUUUGUGCUUGGGCAUGGGCAGGCUCUUCGAGCCGUAUGUUAUCCGUCUCAUCUCCGGGUUGCUCAACGCUUUCGGGGAUGCGAACCCAAGCGUUAGAGAGGCUGCCUGGAAUGCUGCACGAGCCAUCAUGAGCAAGCUGAGUGCGCAUGGUGUUCGUCUUGUUCUUCCGGCACUGCUCCGCGCGAUUGACAGUGAGCAAUCUUGGCGAACAAAAGCACAAUCUGUUGAGCUGCUAGCGACCAUGACUCAUUGUGCCCCCAAACAAUUGUCUGCUUGUCUACCGCAAAUCGUUCCACGAUUGCUCGAAGUUCUUGUCACUUCGCAGGAACAGCUGAAAGAGGCCGGCACUCGUGCGUUGCAACACAUUGGCAAUGUGAUCCGCAACCCGGAAGUUCAAGCUUUGGUCCCCUUGUUGACAAACUGUCUGCAAGACCCAUUGGCUGACAGGAUGCCUUGUCUGCUGGCCCUACGGGACACUUGUUUCGUGCAUGUGUUGGAUGCCCCCAGUUUGGCUCUCAUUUUGCCAGUGAUCCAGCGAGCUUUCACGGAUCGAAACACAGAGGCUCGAAAAACAGCCGCACAAAUAUUUGGCAAUCUUCACAGUCUUGCUCGCAAAGAAGAGCUACAACCAUACGUUGCCAAUAUUCUUCCUCCACUGAAAUCUUGUCUUUUGGAUGCAGUCCCAGAGGUCCGCUCGGUCGCCGCAGCUGCUCUUGGCUCUCUUGUGCGUGGAAUGGGCGAACCGUGCUUCAAAGAGGUCCUCCCAUGGCUGUUGGAUACAUUGACUUGUGAAUCCUCUUCAGUGGACCGGUCUGGUGCGGCUCAGGGUCUUGCUGAAGUCCUUGGCGCUAUGGGCAUCGAUCGGCUGCGAUCCAUUUUGCCUGAUCUCAUACGCACUGCCUCUUCGGAUAUGAAAGUUCAGCCCCACGUGCGCGAUGGUUACCUCAUGCUAUUCAUCUACCUGCCCGCGGUAUUCAAAGAUGCAUUUUCUGAGUUUAUUGGUCCGGUCGUUCCUACUAUCCUAAAGUCGCUAUCAGAUGAAACCGAGUUUUUACGGGAAACGGCCCUCAAAGCUGCUCAGCGCAUCGUUCGAAUGUUUGCUGACAGCUCUGUGGAGUUACUUCUUCCGGAAUUCGAGCGUGGCAUGGGUGAUUCAAACUGGCGUAUUCGACAUGCCUCUGUACAGUUGGUUGGAGAUCUUUUGUACCAGCUCUCUGGUUAUUCCGGCAAAGGCACCACCAAGACUCAUGAUGAAGAUGACACAUUUGGCACGAAUGAAGCCCAUGAACACCUGAAGCAGAUGAUGGGUCUGGAGCGCCAUGAUCGUGUGUUGGCACGAUUACACAUCGCCCGAUCUGAUCCCACCUCGGUUGUACGCCAAUCUGCGGUGCACGUGUGGAAGGUUAUUGUGCCCAACACAUCACGCACUCUGCGUGAGAUAAUGCCCACUCUCGUUCGACUGAUUUUGUCCAUACUGGGCGCCCCGAAUCGCGAGCAGCAACAAUUGGCCGCUCGUUCUCUGGGCGACGUUGUGCGCAAGCUUGGCGAACGCAUUCUCCCCGAGAUCAUUCCACUUUUGCUGCAAAUUCUCGACUCUCCUGAUCCUGACGGUCGGCGGGGUGUGUGCAACGGCCUCAUGGAGAUCAUACGCAACUGUCCCCGUGAACAAUUGACAAAUUACACCGACGUUUUGCUCGUUCCCGUUCGUCGUGCUCUGUGUGAUGAACUUCCUGAGGUGCGUCGGUCUGGUGCCCGCGCAUUUGAACUGCUCCACAACAUUUUGGGUCUGAGGUCUCUCGAAGGCAUUUUGCCCGAUUUGAUGUCACUGUUGGACGAUUCGGAAUCGAACCCUUACGCGCUGGAUGGUCUGCGACAACUAUUAGUUGUCAAAGGAAAGGCUGUAAUGCCUUACUUGAUCCCCAAACUCAUCUAUCCAACAGUCAAUGUGAAGGCGUUCGCGUACUUGGCCUCAGUGGCUGGCGAGUCCCUGUCUCGUCAGCUUGGUCGCAUCCUCCCGGCCCUACUCACUCUGGUCUCCCAGUCGAAUGAACAGCGAACCGAUGAGGACGUUGGUCACUGUGCGGAGGUGUUGAUUUGUGUGUACGAUUUGACCGGUGUGCGCUACAUAUUAAAUGCCUUGCUCACCGGUAUUGGACCGGCCUCCACACAAAGCGCUCCCACUACCUUCGGUCAGGUUGUUCCAGGCACUGUAGCCUAUCGACUCGCCUGUCUGCGAUUAUUGAGCGCCUAUCUGGAAAUCAGCUUUGAUGCAUGUGACAUGAGCAUAGGCCACGAUGCAGUAAUCGCCGCAUCCGGCAAGGAUCGCGACAUUACUAAAUCAGAUGACGGGGAAGAGGAAAGCGACGACUAUCGAUCGGAAGACUACAGUGACGAGGACGAAGAUGAUUCCGAGGAGACGGACUCUGACGACAAUGACAUGUUGGACAAUGAGAACGAUGAACCUCCAGAUGCGAAAGAAUCUGUGAGCAAGGUUCUGAGGGAGUUCUAUCCUCUAGCACUACGUAACCUGUGUCGGUUACUGGCGUUCCGUGAUGAGGCUGUUCUGGUGUAUUGUUGGAAGUGCUUGGAAUCUCUUGUUAAGCGUUGGUCCCCAGAAACGCUUUCUACGCAAAUCAAUGAUUUACGACAAGGCAUCCGGGGUGCAGCCUCUGAAUCACACAAAAGUACACCCUCCAAAAAUUCAAAGGACUUUCUGCCUGGACUUUCUGACCCAAAACUUCCAGUCACUGUUUUAGUGAAGCUGUUUGCAGAUUGUAUUCUACGUGGUCAUCCAGACAUCAAGGAGCCUGCCUCCCAAGCUCUCCUGGAAUGUAUUACGCAUGCGAGCGGUCCCGCAUUACAGAGCAGUGUAAUCAAAGUGCUUGGUCCACUCAUCCGGCUUCUCGGCGAACGACAGACGAAUGUGGUUCGCGCGUCUGUUGUCGAGUCCCUCACUGCCCUCGUCACUAAGUGUCCGCACUCUGCCAGACCCUUUGUCACACAGCUGCAGACCACUUUUUUGAAAUGCCUGGGUGACACACAUCGUCCGAUACGAUUACUCGGUGGCAGAGGACUGGCCUCCCUUGUGGAACUCACUCCUAGACUUGAUCUCUUGCUGUCGGAUCUGUCUCGAUUCUCUACAAAUGCAGUCCUCAGCAGCUUGCCCAGUGGCCAUUUACCUGCUGGUCUCAAUCUACAGGAAUUUGCACCCACAUUGGGCACAGCAGCCACUGCCCUCACUCAAACUGGGAUCGCCAAAUACCCAGAGACGAGUUUGCAAGCUCUGCGACUCUGUCUUUUGGGAUCAUCUGGAAAAGCUAGUAUGUCUACCCUGGACUCCAUCCUUUCCAUGCUGUCUCCGCUGAUGUUUAUUCAGGACUCCGGGAGCAACAAACCUGGUUUGAUCGACGAUUCCGAACCAUGUGAUGAGGACUCGGAUGUGGAAAACAGCAGCUACGAAACCGAUGAUUCAGCUAGAGGCAAAGUUGCCGCGGUCAACUUUGAAGCGAUUCGCGUCGUAUCUUCAGUCUGCAUGGGAUGUGCCGUUGCCGCAGCCAACUCCACUCUGAGAAGGCAAUCCGGUGAUGCUCCGGUUUCCGCAGAAUCUAUGGGGUGUCUAGUUGAUAUGCUUCAACGCACAGUUUUCGUUCACUCCGUCAAGCCGGAACGCUGGACUCAUCUUCAUAGUAAAGCCAUAUUUUUGCUCGUUGUUCUGAAUCACGCUCCGAUGGCUGUGAUCAACGAACAUUCUAUACAUUCGGGAUUCUUGAAGAACAUGGAAGAUUUUCUUGCCAAACUCUGUUUAAAUGAUCAGUCGGAGGUAUGGCAGCUGGGCUACCGGUGCAUUGGCAGUUACCUUGGUCACACUGUGGAGACACCUGAGGCACAUCACGAUUGCCGUCAGCCCAUGAGUCUGCUAACCAGUGGUAUAAAGCACAGUGCUAUCGAAACACGUCUUCUAGUCACCACUGUGGCCACACAUGUGUCUUGGCGUUGGAAACUCGCGGACCCUGCGUGCUCUGAACACUCCUCCGAACUCUCUCUGCCCAUGUUUCUCUCGUUGCUUCUCGUGGGUAGUCGGGACAAAGUCAGUGGCGUUCGUCAGAGUGCCGAGGCCGCUGUGGCCGUGCUGACCCGUCUGGGAGGCCAUGCCAAUAAGGAGUCGAAUGCGGCGAUUAAGGUCUGCUUGGAUGCCCUUGACGCAGGUAAUCGCUCGCAACUGGAUUCGUUACUUCAGCGACUGCGAAAACAGUCUUGGGCUGAAGUGUACAGUCGUGGAUGCCCAAACAUGGAUAGCAUCUCCACAUCGCUUUGCUCCUGA